AUGCUAGUUAACCAGCUCGUCAGAGACAGAAAGAUUGCCAUUCUCGCGCUACAAGAAUCUCACCUAGAUGAUGGGAGGACGGAGUCUCUCAACCGAAUCUUCGGACGACACAUGUCCAUUCUGCACUCCCCAGACCCCGCAAACAGCACGGGUGCGAGAGGUGUAGCUAUCGUAAUAAACAAACGCAUACUAAAGGACUGCGCUCCCACUGUACGACAGAUCGUACCCGGGAGAGCCAUCCUAAUUACCAUACCCUGGUCUGAAGACCGCAAACUGAAAAUUCUGAACGUAUACGCGCCGAACGAUGCAGCAGAGAACGAGUCUUUCUGGGCGAGAUUAGCGAGUGAACGCCUAGGCCGUGUCGACCUACUGCUGGGAGACUUCAACGUAGUGGAAGACCGUGCGGACCGGAUACCACAAAGGGAAGACCCGGAGGGCCCACGGGAAGCACUCCAGAACCUGUAUGAGGGACUGAGCAUGGUGGACGGCUGGAGGAAUUCGAAUCCACUCCACCCACGCUUCACCUUCCUACAGGAGAGUACGUCGUCCCAAUCAAGACUGGAUAGAAUAUAUGUCAGACGACAAAUGCUUAAGGACUGCUCAGACUGGGAUAUAACGGAACUCGGCAUCCCGACAGAUCACUUGCUUGCGUCGGUAGCGAUCCAGAAUUAUAAAGCGCCCUUCGUAGGUAAAGGCCGAUGGGUGAUGCCGGUCCACUUGCUUGAGGACCAGGAGAUGAAGAAGACCAUGCUGGCCCUGGCUGCUGAUCUAGUCCGGCAACUCGACGGAGCACGAGCUAGAACGAUGGAGGUCAAUCCUCAAACAAUUUACACAGCCUUCAAAAAGGAACUUACCGCUGCUGCUCGAGCCCGAGCGAGGGAAAAAGUCCCCAAAAUGCAAAAGAGAAUCGAUAGAAUGCGCGACGACCUA